CGGUGGCUCGUCGCGCGCCGGGCAGCAGUGAGUUCUCGUGUUCGUGUUCCUCUCGUGGUUCGUCGUGUGUUUUCAUUCUAGCGCGAUAAGCGUUCGACUGUCAAACCAACCACUCACAUCCGUACAAGCUGCGUAACAUUCCUCGCUUUGUAACUCUCUCUACACACUCGCGGGGAUCCACUCGAGUAAUCGACAACACGGAAAGACACGAAACAAACUAAAACUAAAUUUUCUGCGACGAACUCGUAUCAAAAUAAUUCUUGCGCUCGUAAAGAACGUUUCGAUCAACAGCGACAAGUUUCGCGAACGGACGCGUCCCGAAUUUCGACGUCUCGAUCGAUCUCGUAACCGCGAUCGACGAAUCGACGCGAAAACGAUGACACCGACGGUGUCGUUGGUAACUCGAAACGUUGGAAUGUUCGUUCGAAGUUUUGUGCCCGAUUGUUGCGAUUGAGUGUUUACAAAGUGACAACGGACACGCGAAGAACGAUUUAUAGUUUACAAGGAUCGUGCGUUACAAGGAAUCGCGUAUGAUGCGCAGUCGCGACGUACUCGUCCAACGAGGACGUUCGAUUUGAAGGACUAUCGGAAUCGAACAGUUUGCUUCCGCUCGUUUCGAUAAUCGAUGGUUCAUCGAAGGGGUGGCAACAGCGAAGAGGGAAAGUGAUUCGGUGCCGUGUGGUAUGACUGGAUUAGCUUUUCCGCGGCAAAAGGAGGCGAACGAUGCAGGGUGGUCGGCGUUGAUCGUUGCCACGCGAGAAAAGCUCGAGGGCCUCGACGAGGAAGGAAGGUCAGUGAAAUUCGGCGGCGGUGGGCCCCAGGCUCGUUCCUCGGUGGUUGGCGCGGCUGGCGCCAAAAUGCCCCGUGGACUGCCGACUAGACGAGGCCUACAAGCACUGGCACUUGUUCUGGCCACUGCCUACGCCACCAUUCUUCUCUACCAGGCUGUUGCACCGCGACAGUGGGUAGACGAGAUGACCGUGGACGUGAACAGCAGAAGCGUGCUGGUGGAAGUGCCGCCUCCGAGGAAGCUGAUCAACGAGGAAUCGUCUGUGACACCAGCGAUCGCAACGGCGACCAUGGCACCGUCUUCGACGAAUCUGGACGAUGUGUUCAUCAGCGUGAAAACCACCAAGCACUACCAUCAUUCUCGACUGCCGGCGAUAAUCGGCACGUGGUUCCAAUUCGCUAAGGAUCAGACGUGGUUCUUCACCGAUCGCGACGACCCGUACUUCCAGAAUCAAACGAACGGCCACAUGAUCAACACAAAGUGCUCGUCCUCGCACAACAGGCGGGCCCUGUGCUGCAAAAUGUCCGUGGAGUUCGACAGGUUCCUCGACAGCGGCAGGAAGUGGUUCUGCCACUUCGACGACGAUAAUUACGUGAACGUGCCACGCCUGCUGAAGCUCCUGGACAACUACAAUCCACGGGAGGAUUGGUACCUGGGCAGACCCUCGAUACCGGCACCGUUGGAGAUCAUCAGACAGGGCCCGGAACCCUCCAAGCGACCGCAAAAGGUGAAAUUCUGGUUCGCGACGGGAGGCGCAGGAUUUUGCAUCAGCAGGGCUCUCGCGCUGAAAAUGACGCCAGUGGCUGGGGGCGGAAAGUUCAUCACGGUGGGCGACAGAAUCAGGCUGCCCGACGACGUGACGAUGGGCUACAUCAUCGAGUACCUUCUGAAAAAGCAGCUCACCGUCGUCGAGCAGUUCCACUCGCAUCUCGAGCCCAUGAAGUUUCUCAACAAGGACACCUUCGGCGAACAGGUGUCGUUCAGCUACUCGAAGGGCCCCAGGGACGAGUGGAAUAUCCUGAAGAUUGACGGCUUCGACAUGAAGGACGAUCCAAAAAGAUUCAGAUCGAUCCACUGCCAUCUGUUCCCCCACGUACCCAAUUGUCCGCACAGAUGAUGACCAGCUGGACGAGUCGUGGGGUACGACGGAGGAGAAUGGAAAACGAGGCCGUAGACUCCGCGAUCUCUCGUUGCUUUCAGCCAAAAGUCGACGAAAAGGUGAUCGUGGACGAGCUAAGGGUGAUCGAUUCUUUUCAAUAAAGUAAUUCCGAAAAUGGAUAUCAACCCUUCGCACUCGGAGCCAUCUCCUUAGGUCUAUCCUGUGUAUCUCAGUACGCGCACCUAUAUUUCAAUUUUUGUUUUCGGGUCAAUUAAAUAUAAAACUUCAAAGAGAUUUCGUCUUGUAUAAUUACUUGGAAAAUUUGUCAGUCCUAAGAUCGUCCUUCGGAGUGGACAUGCGAGUGCAAAGGGUCGAACGAAACCUUUCGAAAAAUCGUGUGCGCGAAGCAUGUGUGUCAGAGAGAGAGAGAGAGAGAGAGACGCGUGUAGAUGUGUACAAAGGUGUAGAUACGACCAGGGCUCGGUUCGCGUUUGCGUCGACGGAAAACGUUGAUCGCGAGCCACUGGUCGCCCCCAGGGCCGAAUGCCAAUGGCGGAUCGGCGAUCCAGGCGACGAGAAAAUCGUCUGCGCAUCGUUCGAGGUGCUCGACUCGAGGCGGAAGGCUUUAAUUUCCAAAAAGAUUAAUUUUAAACGCGUAGAAUUAUUAUCGAGGAUUCGCCAUCGGCGUCUCGCUUGGCCUGGGUUAGGUAUUUAUGCGCGCGUUAGAUGAAAAGACGUUCCAGACGUUUUAGUAAAUUCACGCGAUGGGGAAAAAUGAUGGAUUUUCCUGUGAUCGGUGGAUACCGCGUGGAUUGAUUGUAUAUAGGGAAAUAGAGUAAUCGGUGGUUGUAUAUAACACUCGAGGGACAUCUAAUUGUUGCAAAGCAUCGUUGACGUUUAAUUCGUAUUAAAACUAUCGAUGAUCAACGAUGAUAUCGCGCCUCUUUUACGUAGCGAAGUAUAUCUGAAAUUAGUGGAUGAAGGAGGUAAAUAAAGCUUCUGAUGUUUGCAAUCGGGUGAGUUGAAUUGGUUCGAUAGUUGUAGGGUUGAAGGGUUAACUUGUUCGUGGAUCAGGACUCGAUAACGUUGGGUGCCCCUCGACCAUAAUUGUAUUAUAAGACGAGAGAUGCAAGGAAUAUUUGGCGACAUUUUCGUCGCCGUGAAUUUAUAAAAUUACCUUAAGCUAGUCUCUUGUGUAAAGAAGCAAAUGGCCGCACAAUGUGAUAUUUAAGGGAUGCGAGUUGAUUCGCGUUGACACUUUCGCGAGUGGAGGGGGAAUCGGACUUACUGUCAGCGAAAAACCCAGAGUUGCUCUUCUUAUUUCCUGUCUGUUAUUCGAGUAAAAUAUUACCCUGACACGAGGCACAGACAUUCUUCUACGUCGACUAAAAUUUUCUAUAAUCUUCAACAAAGAGUAAAUUAAACGAAAUCUCGACUUUCUCAUCUUCGUCUAUUCUCCUCGGUUCAUGAAUAAAAUAAGGGGUCCGGUUCCGUUCACCGUUCGCGUUCUAUCGAUCGAAUCAGUGUGCAAUAUCGAGAGGGAGAGAGUAAAUGUUCGCGGAUGUGAUUCGUGGUUAACCGUCGGAUUAAUUGUUUUUUCUUUUGGAAUUCGGAGAACCCACGAGGGAGCUCGUGUUGUACACCUGUUGCGUCGACCGUGGGGAACAAAAUAGAAAAAAGUGGAUUCCGUCGAAUGGAAUCAAAGAAUGCAGCGAUGAACGAUUAUAUGUUGUAACAAUGAUGUUUUAUAUAAUACACGAUAUCUAUAUUGUAAAUGC